UCAUCAUCCUCACCUUCAUCACCUUCAUCCUCACCUUCAUCAUCCUCGCCUUCAUCAUCCUCACCUUCAGCAUCACCUUCAUCCUCACCUUCAUCAUCCUCACCUUCAUCACCUUCAUCAUCGUCACCUUCAUCAUCGUCACCUUCAUCACCUUCAUCAUCCUCACCUUCAUCACCUUCAUCAUCACCUUCAUCAUCGUCACCUUCAUCAUCUCCUUCAUCAUCAUCAUCACCUUCAUCAUCGUCACCUUCAUCGUCACCUCCAUCAUCAUCACCUUCAUCAUCAUCACCUUCAUCAUCUCCUUCAUCAUCACCUUCAUCAUCGUCACCUUCAUCAUCCUCACCUUCAUCACCUUCAUCAUCAUCAUCUCCAUCACCAUCUCCUUCAUCUCCUUCAUCACCUUCAUCACCACCACCUCCAUCAUCAUCACCUUCAUCAUCAUCACCUUCAUCAUCUCCUUCAUCCUCAUCAUCCUCACCGUCACCAUCACUUAAUCACCACCACCUUCAUCAUCAUCAUCAUCAUCAUCAUCAUCAUCAUCAUCAUCGCCACCUGCGGGAUGAAGGCACAAUCAGCGCCUGUGAGCCCCCCCACCU